AUGCUUUCGUUCCUUCGAGGUCCGCUUGCUUCACAGACGCUCCCCGCCCCCGUAGACCUUAUGGUUGAAGCCCUUCAGGGUAGGACAUAUUCCCUCGCCCUGGAAACCACCAUGAGAGUUUUGGAGGCAGCCACCACACAGGAAGGAAAUAUGACAAAACCUCUUAAAUGGCUGGUAUUACUUUCCAGACUACAACAACGUCAUAGAGGGAUUGAUCCCUUUCAUCAGAGGAUUACCACCGUUUCUGACCCUACAAAAGUCGUUGUUCCAGCCUGCGUGUUGCAUGUUGAUAAUCUUGUUCCCUUGUCUACUGGUCCAUAUUCAUCAGAUAUCAGGACCACCUACGGAACCCCUCAACCAAGGAACAAUUGGCGCGUUCAACCUCUUCCAAAACCAGAGCCAUCGAGACGUGCAAAUGGAAUGAAUCUGUAUAACCCAGUGGACUGAAUACGACUUCAUCACUAUUCCCUUAAGAUUUGAACUGAGAAGUGAAUCUGCAUUGCUUCUUCACGUCUGCCAAUUUCCCCACAAUGUUCUGCCUAAUGGGUGACACCAAUCACAUCAUUCCUGCUAAGAACUGGAGGGCCAUAAUUUGAUAACCGAAAAUAAUUUGUAGA